CAAUUUCAGGUCGACCUGUGAAAAUGUGAUGCAAGUUCUGCGGACCAAUAAGGAUAGUGUCAUGGCUAUGAUGGAGGCUUUCGUACACGAUCCUCUUAUCAAUUGGAGACUGUUCAAUUUUAAUGAAGUUCCUCAAAUGGCGAACUAUGGAAACUCCCAUGUUCAUCCUGUUGUGAAUAGUGAGGAAUCUGCACCUAAUAGAGAUCUCCCUCAACCUCUGCGUGGUGCACGGGAGAGAGAACUGCUGCAGGCUGUCAAUCAACUUGGUGAUGCUAAUGAGGUUUUAAAUGAACGAGCGGUGGUGGUUAUGGCACGGAUGAGCAAUAAGCUCACUGGACGGGACUUUUCUUCUGGAUCAUCAGUGUCAGGGGUUGCCAGUUCAAUCCAGUAUACUGAUCACCAUAGUGCCUUGAUUUCUGGGGAUACUCGUGAAGUUGAUCAUGGUCUAUCUGUGAAACUUCAGGUUCAGAAGUUAAUUUUACAAGCCACAUCCCAUGAAAAUUUGUGUCAGAACUAUGUUGGGUAAGCAUUGGAUAGAACUUU